GAAUGAGGCUAGAGGUAGCAGGUGAUUUGUAAUGUAGGGGAGAUGGUGGGGCUGGAGGCCCUCAUAUCCCUCUCCACUACACCAACACACCUCUACUUACCCUCCACAUACUACUUACUCUCACUUGAUGAGCAGAACCUGUAUGGCUGACACCGUGUUAGCAGUGCCUUGCUACUACGGUGUGAAGACAUUAGUCUGACACAUCUACCAUGAAAUCAUCACUAGACUAAGGAUUCACCUACUAUUAUGUGAGAGCUGGGGAGGUGUGUUGCCCAGAUCCCAGGUGUCGGUCAUGUGCGACAACCUUACUCACGUCUCCACCGACAACCAGCUGCCGACAACCUCCACCAAAGACUCUCCACUUCUGUCUAGUGAGGACGACCUUGUGUGCCACGGUAGUGAUGACCCGCGACCACAGGAGCCGCCACAAGACACAUUACAAGAGCACUUAGGGUCAGAGUGUAGCGGUGACGUGCCAGUGUGCGUGGACGAUGAUCCCGCCACCUGUGUGAUCACACACUCGUCCCUCUCACUGGAACACCUGCCACACCUGGAGCACCUGGUGGUCCUCCAGCCUCUCAGUUGCUUCCCAACUCCUGCAGCCCAAGUCGCUGAGACUCCUGAAGGUACCUCACCUUGCACCCUUCCUGGAGGUCAACUGGAUGCCCCAGUACCACGUGCUGACAUGACCUACAGUACCGAGAGCCGCCAACUAGCGGUGGUCACUUCCACCCCCAUCUCUCACUUCACACACAUCAGGUGUAGGGACACGAAGAAAAAAUGUAAGAGUGUGUACAAACAUGUGCCACACAAGGAGAAGCCGCCUCAGCUAGUGGCUCGACGUAAUGCUCGGGAGCGCCGGAGGGUACAAUCUGUUAAUGUGGCCUUUGCUAGGCUCAGGCGGGCAGUACCCUGCACCAGCGGACGAAGUAAGCGAGUGAGCAAAGUGAAGACUCUCCAGGGGGCGAUAGACUACAUCUACCACUUGCAGGAAUUAUUGCACCACACCAACAACACUAACUGUUCUGCCUUCUGUCACCUCGAGCCUAGUAACACCUGCAACAUGCUUCAAUAUAACACCGAGAUCAGUACCUUUAGCAAUAUGAGUGAGGGUAGAAAUGAAGUCUCUGACCCAUGUGAAGGAGUGUGGUGGGGUAGAGCAAGGUGAAAGCUGCCUCCUACAUCGUUCCCUCUCAUACACAACCUACCACCAUCACCACCACUGCUCAAACCAACAGGAGUUGCAGGAGCAGCAGUACGUAAGUGAUUGUAUUUCGAUGACUGAUUACUGAGCGAAGUCAACAUGCAAAACACAUCAGAAAACAUUACUCUCUGAGAGUAAUAUUCGUGGAACAUAUACUUGUUAACGCGGAAGAAGCGUUAAACCCGUAGGAGAUAUACAGUGCCUGGGAGAUGAUAAGUAAUUACGUUUAAUUUAAAAGGAAUGUAUCUCUAAUUCCUUGGACCAAGAACCCUUCACCGGCAUCAGUGCACCCCUUCAGGAAAUUUAAGAUAGCCUUCUCGGAUCACAGUUUUCCCCAUCCGAAUUUUUAUUUAGUAUAUUCUCUCAGCUGCCCAUUGGUGGUCACAGUGUCUCUUCAGUUUGUCGUCUCUGCAGUUCGUAUUAUUCUUGAUUACUUGCAGGUUGUUAGUAUUAUGUGUGUUGCCUCAUUUUGUUAUAUUCACAAGAAAGUGUUAAACCUGAGUUGUCGUCACAUAGAUGAUCCUUUAAUAUACUAAACCUGAUAAGACUCUCGCAAUAUUUAGGUAUCUUUAUUCCUAAUCGUUUCGCCUACACAGUAGGCUUUUCAGUCGAAUAUAGAAGAAGUAGUGGAGAUAUAGAGAUGAUGUAAUUCUGCACUCUCUAGAAAGGAGUAAAAUUAGGGGGGAUAUGACUGAGGUUUAUGACUGAGAAACAGGAAUAUGUAAAGGGGAUGUAAAUAACGUGUUAAAAAUAUCUAAGACAGGACUCGCAACAAUAAAUUCAAUUUGAAAAAUUUAGAUUUAGAGAGGUUAUAGGAAAGCAGUGGUUUGGUUAGAGUUGUGGGUGAGUGGAACAAACUCCCAGGUAGAGUUACUGAAACAAAAACCUGGAAUAGCUUUAAAAAUAGGUUAGAGAUGUACUUGAGUGCGUGUGGGUGGGUUUGAGUUAGACCUGCCUAGCUUGGACCAGUAGGCUUGCAGCAAAGAUCUUUCUUAAGUGGGUGUGCCUAGCAUGAGUCAGUAGUCCUGCUGCAGUACGUAAAUGACUGACUAGUUCUCAGGUACACACAAAGGCUAAUAUUUUAUUCGGUAGCUCUGAUGAGUCUCCAUACUAAGAUCCCGACCAAUAUUAAACAAUUUAAUGCCUUUACAUUCCUUCUAGGAAAAGAGGUUUGAUGCUAAUGGAGGGGCUUAUUCAGCAGUUAUUUAUGAAUAUAACAAUAAAUCAUGAUUUAACAAUAACAAUCCCAUAACAAUAAAUAAUGUACAUGUUAACAAUAAAUCAAUGUACAUGAUUUAAAUUGUUUAAGGCAUUAAAUUAUUUAAUGUUGAUCAGGGAUCUUGCUAAUAUGAAGACUCAUCAGAGCUACAGAAUAAAAUAUUCGUUUUUAAAAAGUCUACCAUGUGUGUCCCUGAGAACAAAUAAGUUACUGUUAUUUGUUUAUUUUUUAAAGGCUUACUGCUCUACAGCAUUGUUCUGUGGUGAUAGUUAAAUGAAUUUAAACAUUUUGUCCAUGUGUAGGUGUUUUAAUUAAAUACAUAUGCAAUAUGGAGGUGGUUUAUGGUAGUUUGGUCAGGACAUGACACAUCAACACUCGCAAAAUUAUCGUUAAAAAAUUGUUGAUGUAACACCUAGUCAGGCAGUAAAAUAAUUAUAAAUUUAGUGUAAACAUAAUACUAUUACCUGGAAGAACAAACACUACAAUAGUUAGAUGAACAUAAAAAAUGUAUUAAAAUAUAUAAUCAAUGUCAGAAUAAUUUAAACAAAACUAAUAACAGAUGUUAGAUCAGAUCUGGAGAUCAUAAUACUGCACGAAAAUUAAAUAAUAUUUGUCACAAAUUCCUAAGACUUAUUAAAGGGAAAAUUUUAUAAGUUAACAUAAGAAUUUAAUAGCUAAAACAUUAAUAUAAAAAAAAUACUUGACAAAUCAAACAAUAAUAAAAAUACUGAUGAGAAAUUAAUAGCUAAACUUUACUUGACGCAUGAGCCAGUAGGCCUGCCUAGCAUGAGCCAGUAGGCCUGCCUAGCAUGAGCCAGUAGGCCUGCCUAGCAUGAGCCAGUAGGCCUGCCUAGCAUGAGCCAGUAGGCCUGCCUAGCAUGAGCCAGUA